ACUGGUGAAACGCAAAAAUGCUACUGUGGGACAGCAGCCCAGAGCCUCGUGGCCGGAGCCCUCUCCUGGAGACGGGGACCGAAGUGAACCUGGCGGCGGCUGCUUUUGUUCAGUCGCCAGCUCAUCUGGCAGCUGGUGGAGGCCAUGCCUUCUUCCUGCUUUGGCAACUCCAGACAGGAGCCAAUCUGAACCAACAGGAUUGGCUUGGAGAAGCUCCAAUCCAUAAGGCAGCUAAAGUUGGGAGUUUGGAGUGUCUCACUUUACUAGUUGCCAGUCAGGCCAGCAUUGACUUGCGCAAUAAUAAUGGUCAAACAGCAGAAGACCUUGCACUGUCUUUUGGAUUUUUGGAGUGCGCCCAGUUCCUCAUGAGAGUGAAACAGAUUCAGAACAAGAAAGCAGGAACACAGUAUAACCCUUCCUUGCAUGACAGUGAUGAAUCCAUCCAUACAGACACUACCACAAGGCAGAAACGAGCAUGUGAAAGGAACAGACUCAUCAGCAAAAAGAGAAGGAGAUCAAAUGGUAAGGCAGCUUCUUCAAAGCACAACAUUAAAGUCUAAUGAAAUUUCAGCCUGAUGGAAGAUCUGUCAAACUGAGCAUCUAGUAUCUUAC